GGAAGAGCGCGCGUUCCGGACCGACGCGAGCGCGUGGCGAGGCGCGCGACGCCGCAAUGCGCGCGCCUCUCGAACGGCUCGCCCUCGAGGUCGAGGUCGACGGGCAGGGUCGGUCGAAAAAAAAAUCCAUCGCGCGUGUGUCACGACAACCACGUGCGCGAAAUAACAACUACAGAACGCGUCGCGCAGAACGCGUCGCGCGAUGGCGCUCGCGCUCCGCAGCCUCGGACUUCUCGCCGCGUCCGCGCGCCGGGUCUCGUUCGCGUCGAAACCCCGCGGAGGGUUCGCGCGCGUCGGCGUCCGCGCCAUGGCCACCGACGGCGGCGACGGUGCGUCGCGCUUCCGUCCGUCGAUCGUCGUUUUUAAUAUCCCUCGCAACAAAAAUGCGUCGUCACGUCUCGCGGUGCAUCGCAUCAUCGUCCCCGUCGCCCUCGCGCUCACGCCAUCUCCGCCCACUCCCUCACUCACGUCGCUCGAUCCCAUCGCGUCGAAACCCCCGUUAGGCUUCGCCGAGGACGCCGUGCUCCUCGCGCUGAAGAACCCGACGCUGAUGGACGUGCGCGGCGUCGAAGGCAAGGGAGAGAUCGCGGAGAACCCGUCGCCGGCGGGCGCGGUAAACGUCGCGUGGAACACCGCGGGCGGGGAGUUCUUCGACGCGUCGAAGUUACCCGCGGACAAGACCGCGCCCGUGAUUGUUUUCUGACAGAAAGGCGGCCGCG